AUGGCGGAGCGGAGCUGCGGAGGCUGUAUAGUCUAAACGACUGGAGGUUUAUUGACACCACUAGCUCCAAAGUCGUUCGUGGACGGGACCAGCGGGUUUGGACAACACUGCCGUGUAGCAGGACAAGCUUCAACUCGGACUUGGCGGACAUUUUCACUUAUUAUUUUACGUGUAAACGAGACGCCAGAGCCUAGUAAGGAGCGACGAAAACAAGUCAUGAACGGGGACAUUGUAUGCAAUUCAGUCACCAUCGUAAACCACAGCAAGUCCACACAACCAGGUCAGGAUGAAAUGACGAUCAAGCUGACACAGGAAGGGAGGUGCCCUCCAGUAAACUCGCAGCAAAAUGAUGUCCAGAGGCAGGGAGAAGGUUGCAGAACAAAUAUCAUCACCACUACCACUACCACCACCACCACCACCACUACGCCAAAAGACUCAAAGAGCCCGUGUUCGCCCUGCUGGUCAGAUGAACAACAGCUGUCACCUCCGCAGCUCCUUUGCCCUCAGACCUGCCUACGUUCACCAACCGAGCCCUCCCUGCCACUGAGUAACGGCCGGUGUCACAGUCUCCUCUUCACUGGCAACAGCAGCACUCUUCAUCGCCACCAGAGGAGAAAAAUGCGGCCCAAGGUCGAGGGAAAGAAAAUGGCUCAAAGAAUUGCAGCUGGGAAAAAUUCCCAAAACCGAAAAGUUACCGACUAUUAUCCAAUCAGACGAAGCUCAAGAAAAAGUGAAACGGCUCUAAAGUGUGAAGAAAAGAAGCAGAUAGACGACCUGAUCACAAACGGAAUAGAGGAGGGAAUGGAGGUGCAGCACAUGGAAGGAAAGGGGAGAGCAGUGUUUGCCACGCGGUGUUUCCAGAAAGGCGAGUAUGUGGUGGAAUACCACGGAGACCUGCUGCAGAUCACCGAUGCCAAAAAGAGGGAGGCUGAAUAUGCUCAGAACCCUGCCACAGGCUGCUACAUGUACUACUUCCAGUACCUCUGCAAAACAUACUGCGUGGAUGCCACAAAAGAGUCUGGUCGAAUGGGUCGCUUAAUAAACCACAGUAAAAUCGGAAACUGCCAAACCAAACUCCACGACAUCAACGGCGUCCCUCACCUCAUCCUCGUCGCCUCUCGAGACAUCGACAAGGGCGAGGAGUUGCUGUACGACUAUGGCGACCGCAGCAAAGCCUCCAUCGCAGCUCACCCGUGGCUCAAGUACUGACUGAGGGGACCUCAAUAACAAACAAACAAACAAACAAACAAACCAACACACAGGGAAACAUUCAGUAACUUUUGUGUUUCUCAUCUGCUAGUGUACAAAAUGCCUUAGAAACAGAACGUGUACCCCCUUUUCUUCCAUUGUGAAAGAAGCUGGAUGGGUUUAGUAGCUGUUAAUGGAAGUGGGGUUUUGAUCAUGUUUGGACUGAGGGCAGGCGACAUCGGUAGUUUUAUUUAUACAUGUACAUGAAGCGUUCUAGUUGUUUUGCAGCACAUUUAUUUUGUACAUUUUUGUAUUUCCUAUAGACCAAUGCUUCUCCAGCGUGUAGGUGGUAGUCGAGGCUCUGCAUUUUUAUACCGCUUUUUUCUUAAUUCAUGGUUAGAUAAUUAGCAAUACUUCUACGUCUGGCCCCACAGAGACUUUGAAUCUAAUGCAAAUUACAAACCCCUUUUUUAAAAACACAUAUUGUGUCAGAGUGGGAUUUAAUUCCAGCCAUUAAACUCACCCAGUCGACCAUCACCGUUUAGUGAGAGUGUAACAGUUUAUCACACUCCUGAUAUUCAAGAGGCAAUUUUGGUACUUACACUAUUUGACACAGGGUUAGAGCAUUACAAAUUUUUUUAAAGUGUGAAAUAAUUGUUCAAGGGACUGAACACAGGAAUGAUUUCAUGCCUUUUUAUCACGCUUUUAUCACUAUAAUGUACCGACACGGCACGGCUCAACUACGCGGUUUGGUUAGUUUUCUAUUACGUCAUAGUACCUCCUAAACGUGGGUGAAGUCAUCAUAGCACGGCACAAACUAGUGACUUGUAAAGCAUUUCUUUUCAGUGUAACUGGAUCAUUAGACUCACUCAAUUGAAAGCAUUAGUUCAGUACUUCCUGCAUGACCGUAGCACACAGUCACUGAACUGUGAUGCGGCUCACCGCUCAUGAUAGCGGACCUUGGCAGUGCUGUUGCUAAAUACACCAGACUUCCGCUGUUAAAUGUUGAAAUUGUUGACAUUUCCGUCUUCAGGAUUUGUAAGUCUUUUUUACCUCGUCUACAGUUCAGCAUUGUUUGGUUUGAUUGUUAUGUCGGACGUCGUGCUCAUGACUCUUCCAGACUAUUGCUAAUGGGAAAGCAAAAAAAAAAAAAAGAAGAGUAGCACCGGGCCGAGUCGUGCCAGGGUUGGGUAGUGGAAAAGCACCAUUUGUCUUAAGCAUGUAGUAUUUUUUUAAUAUUUAAGCUGCAUAUUCACGGUGGCCCAGAACACUCAACACGACUGCAAAAGCCGCAGUGGAAGUCACCAGUUUACGUCUCGGUUUCCGGGGCAGUGCAGCUUUACUUAUUGGGAAGCAGAGAAACAUGCUGAAUGGAAGACCAAGGGUACGGGCACUUAAUGGCACACAGUACACGGUAAAAGUACUUCACAGUACUUAUGCAUGAAGUGCACAACGUACUUUGUCCAAUAAAACUGAAAGCAUAAACCGCUGUUAUUUUCAGUUCCAUAAAAUAAGACAUUCAUUCAUCCCAUAUGGGGAAACGUUCAGUGUUACAGCAGGCAAAAAUCACAAGGUACAAAUAGACGUAAGGUAAGGAAAUAAGAGUAUUAAGCUAAGGACUAUAGCUCCAUUAAUCACAACCAUAAUGUAUCAUUCUUUGGACAGAUGGCUUAUCUUUUUUUCUUUUCAGUACGUUGUGUUUGUUUUUGAAAAGACUUUAUUUUGGAAAGCAGAUUGAAAUAAAUGUACCGUAAAAGAAGGAACAUGGGCGCACUUCACGCUUAGGUACGGCUGAUUAGACCACGGAAACCCAAAUUACCGCAGUUGUAAGUGCCAACACACAAAUUAAACUUAAGAAGUGCCGGUACUACGUUACGGACAUUAAUGGCCCACUUCUGCUGCACUGCUUCUUAGUUUUCCAUUCAGCUCGUUCCUCUGCUGCCUGAAGGUAAAGCUGCACACUGUUUUGAGUCUUCUGAGCCACCGUACAUUUAAAUUAUGAAGUGCAGGUAGUUUUUAUGAUUUCUUAUGUUUCCUUAAAGGCAAAUGUUUAUGACAGUUUAUUAUGAAUUAAUGAUUUACUGAAUUUAUACUGGCUUGUGAUUAUCCAGUCAGUGUGCUCCACGGUCCUUUUUUUUUAUUUCACUUGCAUACAGAUUUUUCAGGUGGUCACAGUCUCUGUAUGACUGUGCUGUGUAAAUAUAUUUAUUUCCUUGUGAGGGGUGAGUUGAAGAGAGGUUUGACUUUCAGUUCAGUUUAAGACUAAUUUACAGAAACACACAACCUUCCUGUUGUGUUUGUGGCUGAGUUAGCGAAUAUGAAGCUAAAGAGCAGAUGAACAAUAGAAACACAAAACCAAUAACCAAUGUAAUGUAAACUUAACCUAAAUUGCUACGACCAGAUACAUUGAAUAGGAAAAAAAUAUGCUCAGUAUUCACCAUAUCAGGUGCACAUGUGAUUGUCAGAGCAGCUCACCCAUAGCUUCUAUCUUUAUGAAGGCAGCAGUGUUUGAACUCCAAUAUCUGGAGGUCUGAUGAAUGAACUAUUUUCUUUUUUAUCUUGUUUUAAUAACUUUAAAGAUUGGAACUAACAUACCCCAGGAGUGUUGUUGCAGCUACAGUACAGUGUCAUUUUCUAAGCUUCAAAAAUCGAACUCCUCAGUGUUGUUGUUGUGGUUGCAGUGGUAUUGACAUGGCGUCUGACAAAAUGGCCUCCAGCAGUGAUUGAGGGAACAACAGCCACUUUUAGCCACUUCACAAUAAUACAUUUGACACCUUCCCUGCUUUAUCUCAUCGCUGGACACACUUUUACAACUGGUUAUUGAAGUUUGUCAGUCACACUUAUGGUCUGUACAUACUCAUAUGAUGUAGUUCUUUUCUUGCAACCCUGGGAGAGAGAACAAAUAUCUGUCCUGCACCAAAACCCAUAGAAAAAAACAGUGUUUUUAGCUUGUGGGUUUGCUGGUCUGCUGCUGUCUCAUUUUGUACGUUCGUGUCAAUUAUGGUAAUCUUGACUGAGGAUUUUAAACCCCAAAGUCAAAAAAUAACACAUUUGAACUUUGUGGUGGAGGCAGCAGCGGAUUCACAACUCGGAUCCUCCUGGGAUGUUAAAACUCUGCUCUUCUCUAUGGACUUUGGUGUGAGGAGUGAGCAGUUUACAAACGUGAGUUUCCAGUCUGAGUCAUGUUUUUCUCAUUUAAUUCUCCACAACAAAGCAUAAUAAUGUCAUGUUAUUCCUGUGAAAUGAAACGGGCCAAAGCUAAACCACAUGCGACUCUUGAAUAUGUCGCACAUGUAGCCAUGUGUGCGGUAAACUGGUCCACGCCCCUCGCUUUGCUGUAUCAUUAAUGUUUUCUUUCUGUUCACGCAGAUAUUUCAUGUCAACAUUUUAUUUAUUUGUAAUUUAGUUUUAUUUAACAGCUGAACUGCCAACAUGUCACUUUUCAUACUUUGUUGUUAGUAGCCUUUUCACCUUUUGUUUAUCUGUAUGUAGCCAGACGGUCCAAGCGCUCUCACCUACUUCCUUUUAAAAAGGUUUUUAAACUCUUUUACUUGAUUUAUUUAAUUUUUCCAAAAAUCGCUGAACAUUUUUUGCUUGAAAAAUUCCUUGAUAUGAAUGAAAUAGGGAAAAAAAUGUCCCAAUUAAUUAAACAGUAAUACUAGAGAAUCUUAGUGUUAUUAACAGUGUUCUACCUUGAAUAAUCUUGCUACACUGAAUAUAUAAUUUAUCUCACCACAGGAAAAUGGUGACAAGCGUGCUGCACAGGUAGCAGGCAAAUCCUCUGUCCUCUGUCUGUUAUGUCAACUGGGACAGGGAGGACAAAUGAAAUGAAAAGACCCCAAACAAACAACGUGCUGGUUCUUAAAUAUCAUAAAACGACCUAUUAGAAUAGUUUUUAUCUGACAAAACGGAAGUGGUGCACUUGUUGGGAUUUAUUUUCAGUGGUGGGUGAAUUCACAUGUGGUGGUGGUGUUAGUAUUUGAGGUUAGAGGACAGAAAUGGAGUUUUAUCACAUAAACACAUGUGUUGAUGGCUCAGGUCAUUGCUAAUAGUGGUCUUUUCAUGGGGUUUGUUUAGUCAAAACCUAUAGAAUAUCCCACAUGUCACUUGAUUUUCUUUUCUGCCUUCCCUUAGUGAACACAUGAUGUGAAUCUUGAUGACAAUGUGAUUUAUUAUUAUUAUUAUUAUUAUUAUUACUGUUGGUGUUAUUUUGGGGGGUGAUUCUGAGACUCUGUCUUAAGAUAAACAUUUAGUGACGUGCUUAUUUACCUUCUUACAGAGAGUGGAUGACAAAAUCAUUUCUAAGUUUCUGUUAUUUUGUAGCAGCGUUUGUUUCAAAUCUAUGCUAACUCGACCAAACCUAAAUCAUCCUCUUUUCAUACCUAUCGGACACCAAAUGGCGACGGCGGGUCACAAGUUUCCCAAGUUUCUUCAGAUGACUAUUGAACUUUAAGGAUUCUUUUGAUGUUAUCGUGUCAGUGUUGAUACAAAGAGCCCACACGAGACAUGAAAACACCGAUUCUGACCUUUCAUCUCAACACUUCCUCUGUCACCUCCAACGGUAGCAUCGUGUUAGAAAGUGUGAAAUGUUUUCAUACGAGCCUUUCUUUAACCAACGUUUCAUUUUUUCUUAAUGUAGAACUAAUGCAAUAAUAACUGGGAGGCCAAACUGACCUGUUGGCCGUUUUAGGAUGUAAUAAAUAGAUCUUUGCUGUUGUAGCGUUGAAUAAAUCUUAAUGCUGGGGUUUAGGCAUCGAUGAAUAAAGAUGUAUUAUGCAAAUGAA